GCCAGCGCUCGACACGGGGGGCUCGGCCUCCGGCCCGCGCCGCCACCCGCAGGGGUCCACAGGGCUUUGCUCAGGGCCCAGCCCCUAGGAGGCCAAGAGGGCAGCUGAGAGGCCGAAGGCGCCCAAGGACUUCAUUGUCAGAAAAUUCCCCAACCAGGAGCAGGACAUGCACCACGGUGCGGGGGUGACCCAAGUCCCAGCUGGCACUGUGGUGCCUCAGGAGCUGCUGGAAGAAAUGCUUUGGUUCUUCCGGGUAGAAGAUGCAACUCCUUGGAAUAUUUCCAUCUUUGCCCUAGUGGGUGUGGUUGUCGUGAUAAGCAUCGUCCUCCUGGGAAGGAGCAUCAAGGCAAACAGGGAACGAAAGAUGCUGCCACAGGAAAAACAAACUCCAGAAAACUUGGCUGAUACCAGAACCAAAGAUGACAACAGUGUGAACAUGCUAAGAGAGACUCUGCUCUCAGAAAAGCUAGAUUUGCCCCAGGUGGAAAUUGAGUUAAAAGAAAGGGAUGUGCCAUCAGUCUCUCUUCCAGGCUCAUAAGAACCCCAGAGCUAGCGAGACCGCAGAGAAAAUGAAA